AUGUUCGCCUUCCAGCUUAUCAGCUCCGUGACGUGGGGCGCGGCGCUGGGCCCCGUCUUCGACAGGUACUUGCUGUACCUCGGCUUCGGUCACGCCCGCGGCCCGGCGCUGCUCCCGCGGUCGGCCAGGAACUCUUUGGUGGGCGCCACGGAAAGCAUCUCCGGCCUCUCCAGCCUCUUUCUGGCCAUCCCCGUGGGCUUGCUGGUAGACAGGUACCCAGACAGGCGGGCGCGGGUGCUGCGCUUCUCCUGCGUCUUUGGCGCGGCGUCGGUCGUGGCGCUCGUCGUCGCCGCGGUGACGGACGUGCUGUUGCUUCUCUACGCGGCGUUGAUGCUCCUCGGUGUGUUCAGCGAAAUGUCCAGCAGCGCUACGGAGGCCAUUUUCGCGGACAGCAUCCCGCAGGGGGAGCGCUCCGGCAUAUUCGUUACCAAGGCCGUCAUCUGCACCAUCGGCAUCGCCAUAGGGCCGCUGCUUUCGGCGGCGGGGCUCAGCUUCAUCGGCGAUGAGUGGGAGCCGUACCAGAUGAAGGCCGUCAUCGUGGCGGGGUCCUUGAUGAUGCCCCUGGGUUGCGGGGUCCUUUUCUUUUUCCAGGACCCGCAGCAGCAGCCACAGGGGCGGCCGCCGCCUGCGGAGCCAGUGCCGACGGAGGCGCGCUGUUCACAAGGCGGCGCGGCGCCAGGGGCCGCUGUCGCACCCGCCCCGCGGCAGCAGCAGCUGCGCUGGGGCCCGCUGCGCUCCAAGCACAUACCGUUUAUACUGGCAUUCUCGAACUUCCUGGCCUGCGUCGGCGCCGGCAUGACGGUGAAAUUCUUCAACCUGUUCUUCAUUCAGGACAAGAAGCUCUCGCCGAUUCAGAUCUGCGUGCUGCAGACGGCGUAUCCGUUGGUGAUCGCCGUCUUCAUGAAGUUUACGGAGCGUCUUGCGAAGCCUCUGGGUAGGGCUCAGGCAUCGUUGACGUUUUUCGGCUCCAGCGUCGUCUGUUUGUUUCUCCUUUCGAGCCUGGACAACCUCCCGCUGCUCAUCGGGGUGUUUCUCGUCAGGGGCGGAUUCGCGAACUCCACCUACCCGAUCGACCGGUCGAUCCUCAUGGACUUCACGCCCUCGGGUCAGAGAGGUCGCUGGAACGCCGUGGAGAGCUUGACUUCGAUGACAUGGAGUGGCAGCGCAUUCUUCGGGGUGCUUUGCUGCGUCUCUUACUUGGUUUUCAGAGUUGGAGCAUGUCUGUGGCAUGAUGGGAUCGUUGACGUUGCAAGUUUCUGA